AUGAUGUCCGAUGAUGGGUUUUCUUCAGUUCCUUCUUCUAUUACAGGGUCCAUUAUUCCAGAGCCAAACCCUAACCCUGGCUCUAGUUCAAAUCAAGCAAAGAGAAAGAGAAAUCUCCCAGGAACACCAGGCAAGCUAAACUUCAUCAUUACACAUCCAAUCCUAUCCAGAUGCAGAAGUGAUAGCUUUGUCUCCAAAGUCUCUAAUGGCGACGAAUCGAUUCAUAUGCGAAAUAUGCAACAAGGGUUUUCAGAGAGACCAGAAUUUGCAGCUACACAGAAGAGGUCACAAUCUGCCAUGGAAGCUCAAGCAAAGAACCACAAGGAGGUGAUCAGAAAGAAAGUGUACAUAUGCCCGGAGAAGAGCUGCAUCCACCACGAUCCGGCGAGAGCUCUCGGAGACCUCACCGGAAUAAAGAAGCAUUACAGCAGAAAGCAUGGAGAGAAGAAGUGGAAGUGUGAGAAAUGUUCCAAGAAAUAUGCAGUUCAGUCGGAUUGGAAGGCUCAUAGUAAGAUUUGUGGGACUAGAGAGUACAAAUGUGACUGUGGAACACUCUUCUCUAGAAAGGACAGCUUCAUCACCCAUAGGGCCUUCUGUGAUGCAUUAGCUGAAGAAAGUGCAAGGUUCGCUUCAAUUCCACCAGCAAAUCUAAACUUCAGAAAUGAAUUGCUUAAUGGAGCACUUGGUAAUCCUCAAUCCGUUGGGAAUCCACAAAUUCCGUCAGUUUUUCGGCCGGAAUUCACCGGCCUAGAAUUGCCCGGCCAACUCAUUAAUGAUGGGCAGAAAUCUAAACUACCACUGUGGUUGGACAAUGCCAAUUCUCAUCAAAACCCCAUCCGAAUUCCAGGUAAUUCUAAUGCUUUCUUAACAUCAAGCUGCACCGGCUUGCCGGAAAUGGCUCAAAUGGCGCCGGCAAAUAUGUUGGGAUUGUCACCAGAGACCCAGUGGUUCAAUAGGAGCCAAGAAGCUUCAUUCACAGGUGCAAAUCUUUUGUCUCCAGCAAUGCCACGAGUAUUGAAAGAGGAAGAAGAGGACAAACGAAAUUUGUCGAACACUAUGAGCUCAUUGUAUUACAAAAGCAGCCAAAUGGGUUCAACAAGAAGCAAUUCAUCAGCACUAUUUGGCACUGGGUUUGGACUCAUGAUGACCUCAUCUCUCUCCGGUCUUUCCAACUUCAAUCCUUUGAACCCAAGUGGAAAUCAAGUUCAAAAAGCCGAGAACUUGAAUGUAUUUCUGAAUUCUAAAUCUGGUUCAUCACGAGACAGAAACAGUGGAGAUGGGUUUUUGUUGGGUCAAUUGAACUCGAGCUCAUUUGUGGAUGGCACUAAGAAUUUAGACCACCCUCUCAUGAUUACUCCAUCAACUAAUGGGAACCAAAGCAAAUCAAAAGGCAAUGAAGUUGAAGGUCGUCUGACCAGAGAUUUUCUGGGUGUAGGAGUGAAUGAAAGCAGACGGUUCUUCCAACAAGAUCAGCUGGCCAACAUUGCUUCAUUAGGUGCAGCCAUGAACUUAAGCCACCAGUACAAUAAAAGCGACUGA